UGACCAUGCUAAGCAGAGCAGAAAAGACACGCCCCGGAAAUUUCAUCUUUACAAGCUACAAUUUCAGUGGCCCUGACCUUUUUCUUGCAUACGCAUGUCAUGUACCCACGUCUCUCCUGCGAAAUUGUCUAGUAAUUUCCUUGACUGGACCCAUUCGAUGAAGUUCAAUUUAAUGUCGCACCCUCGAAUCUAGUGGCGCCACCAAUUUAUAUGUAUCCGUCGUUGACGACUAUGCCAUCUUAUAACCCCCGAGCCUCCUACAGAGUUGAAUUCGUGCCUCUCAGAUGCCUUCUUCCUGUAUCCUUUGUUGAGCUCGACAUCUUCCCACUGUACUUGAGGCAAUCAGACCAUCAUGCUGCUAAACCUACUGGUGCUAGCAUUUCUACUUUUUGGAGCCGGCAACCUUGCUUUCAACCUUCCGUCUGAUGGGAUACUGAGGAUCGCUCUCAAGAAGCGGCCUUUGAAUCUUAACAACAUCCAUGCGGCAACAAUCUAUGCCGGACACUUGGGAAACUUCACUGGCCACGUGGAAUCCCUAGAACGAAAUGUUGUGUAUCUGAAGAACUACUUGGAUAUGCAGUAUUAUGGUGAGAUUAGUCUCGGUACACCACCACAACAUUUUGAUGUUGUCUUUGAUACUGGCAGUGCUAAUCUUUGGGUCCCAUCUUCAAAAUGCUUCUUUUCUGUUGCAUGCUAUGUACACUCCAAGUAUAGGUCAAGGCAAUCCAGCACAUAUACAGAAAUUGGAAAAUCUUGCAAAAUCCCUUAUGGCUCGGGAUCCAUCUAUGGAUUCUUUAGCAGAGAUAAUGCAGGACUUGGAGGUAUCACAAUUAAGGAGCAGGUGUUCACUGAGGCAACAUGGGAAGGACUGUUCACGUUCUUAGUUGCACAAUUUGAUGGGAUACUUGGACUUGGAUUUCAGGACAUUGCUAUUGGACGUGUAACUCCAAUUUGGUAUACUAUGCUUGAUAUAUUCAUUAAACUUUUUUUUUUUGGGGGUAGAGCUUCCGGAUGUGUACGAUUCUGUCUUUAG